AUGGACGCUCGUCGUCUCGGUAGAAUAUCCAGCAGUAGCGCUGCGGCUGCGGCACUUGUGCUCGUCAAGCCUUUCUACAAACCUUUGCAACGGCGGCCCCGAUCGUCCACUUCACCAAUGACAUCUACAUCAAUGUCGUCACCGCAACCUGGUACUGUCACAGCUACGACUACUGCAAUGUCCGCCGAAGGCACUUGCGUUGCUGUUCCUGCUGAAGACGGUGAUGGUUGUGCUGGUGAUGCUGCUAUUGAAAGUGGUGAUAUUGCUGCUGAUAGCGACGAUUUAAAUGGAACUACAGAAAGCUCGUUGAGUCGCCGCAGAUUUUUGCUUCCCAGCAUGAGGUGUUGUUUCAUCCUUGCCUACCUCAUCGGUGGCGACAUGAAAUGUGACGAUAGAACGACAAUUGAACAAGUAUCAUAA